AUGAGAUGCCUCAAAACCUAUCUAGAAGUUGAGGUCUUUGAUGUGUGGGGUAUUGACUUCAUGGGACCAUUUCCUUCAUCAUUGGGAACAAGUACAUUCUUGUGGCUGUUGACUAUGUUUGGAGUUCCAAGAGUGUUGAUCAGUGAUGGAGGUUCUCACUUCAUUAACAAGCUGCUCGAAGGACUUCUAAGGAAGAAUGGUGUGAAGCAUAAGGUAGCAACUCCUUACCAUCAUCUCAGACAAGUGGCCAAGUUGAGGUCUCUAACAGAGAGAUCAAAUCCAUUCUGGAGAAGAUUGUGGGGAUCACGAGGGAAGGAUUGGUCUAAUAAGCUUGAUGAUGCACUUUGGGCCUAUAGGACAGCUUACAAGACACCUUUGGGUACCACACCUUUCAACCUUGUCUAUGGGAAAGCCUGUCAUCUGCCUGUGGAGCUUGAGUACAAGGCAUUAUGGGCAGUGAAGUUGCUGAACUUCGACAUCAAAAGUGCUAAGGAGAAAAGACUUUUCCAGCUACAUGAGCUUGAUGAGAUAAGGAUGGAUGCUUUUGAAAUUCAAGGAUCUACAAAGAAAAGACCAAAGCUUUCCAUGACAAGAACAUUCUGA